CACUGAGCUACAGCAGAGGCAGCAGCGGCGCAGCCGGAGGGGGCGGCUGGGGCCCAGGCGACACGCGCCGGCCGCGACCCGAUGCGGUGACCAUUCGCGCGGCGCAGGCGCCUGCAGCCCCGCCGGCGGGGCCGGAGCGCCCGGCGGCGGGAUGUUCUCUCGAAGGAGCCACGGGGACGUGAGGAAGUCGGCGCAGAAGGCGCUGGACCCUAGGAAGGACGCGGCGACGCGGCUGCGACACCUGCGGGCGCUGCUGGAUAAUGUGGAUGCAAGUGAUCUUAAGCCAUUUUUUGAGACCCACUAUUCUCAGAUAUAUUUCAUCUUCUAUGAAAAUUUUAUAACACUGGAAAAUAGUUUAAAAUUAAAAGGGAAUAAUAAAUCACAAAGAGAGGAGCUGGACUCUAUUCUCUUUCUUUUUGAAAAAAUAUUGCAGUUUCUACCUGAACGAAUUUUCUUUCGAUGGCAUUACCAGAGCAUAGGCUCAACUUUAAAGAAGCUUCUACACACUGGAAAUUCUAUAAAGAUAAGAUGUGAAGGAAUCAGGCUGUUUCUUUUGUGGCUUCAAGCACUUCAGACAAACUGUGCAGAAGAGCAGGUGCUGAUUUUCGCUUGCCUCGUGCCUGGUUUCCCAGCGGUCUUGUCCUCCAGGGGGCCCUGCACGCUGGAGACCCUCAUCAAUCCCAGCCCUAGUGUAGCUGAUGCAAAGAUAUAUCCAGAAGAAAUUGCUCCACUCCUGCCAGCCAUCUCAGGGGAGAAAACAGCUGAGGACCAAACCUGCUUUUUCCUUCAGAUGCUAUUGAAGUAUAUGGUCAUUCAGGCUGCAAGCUUGGAGUGGAAGAAUAAAGAAAAUCAAGAUACUGGUUUUAAAUUUCUUUUUACAUUGUUUCGAAAGUAUUAUCUUCCUCAUUUAUUUCCAUCAUUUGCUAAGUUAACAAACAUCUACAAACCUGUACUUGACAUCCCCCAUUGGAGACCAAAGCCUCUGUACAUUACCACAACUCGAGAUAGCGAGAGCAUUUACAGCACAAAGAUUCCAUACAUGGCAGCUCGUGUCAUUUUUAUUAAGUGGAUUGUAACUUUCUUUUUGGAAAAAAAGUAUCUACCUACAACACAAAACACUAAAAAUGGAGUUGAUGUGUUACCUAAAAUUAUGCAGACCGUUGGUGGUGCAGCGCCUGAGCGGGUGUCGGAGCUGGAUGGUGGUGGGCCCCCAGAGCAAGACAAGGGCCAUUCCAACAGCAGCACCUUGUCUGAGCGGAGACUCAGCAGCUCCAGCCUCUGCAGCAUCGAGGAAGAGCACCGGCUGGUGUAUGGAAUGGUGCAGCGGAUCCUCCUGUCCACACGUGGCUAUGUCAAUUUUGUGAAUGAAGUAUUUCGCCAGGCAUUUCUGUUGCCUUCCUGUGAGAUAGCCGUAACUAGGAAAGUAGUUCAGGUGUACAGAAAAUGGAUCCUCCAGGAAAAGCCUGUGUUCAUGGAGGAGCCAGAUAAAAAUGAUGUUGCCCAAGAAGAUGCUGAAAAACUAGGCGUUUCAGAGACUGACGCCAAAGAGGCCUCCUCGGAUGGUUCCGGUCAUAAGCGGUCUUCCAGCUGGGGACGCACAUACUCCUUCACGAGUGCCAUGAGCAGAGGGUGUGUGGCCGAGGAGGACAGCACCAGUGUGAAGGCCGGGUCCCAGGCUGUGCUGCAGGUAUUUCUGACGAACGCUGCAAAUGUGUUUUUGCUGGAGCCUUGUGCUGAAGUUCCUGUUCUCUUAAAAGAACAAGUUGAUGCUUGCAAAGCAGUCCUGAUUAUUUUCAGGCGUAUGAUAAUGGAGCUUACAAUGAAUAAAAAGACGUGGGAGCAGAUGUUGCAAAUACUACUCAGGAUAACAGAAGCUAUCAUGCAGAAGCCAAAGGAUAAACAAAUAAAGGACUUGUUUGCCCAGAGCUUGGCAGGGUUACUGUUUAGGACGCUUAUCGUGGCAUGGAUCCGAGCAAACCUCUGUGUGUUCAUCUCUCGGGAGCUCUGGGACGACUUUCUGGGCGUGCUAUCUUCCCUCACUGAGUGGGAGGAACUCAUUAUCGAGUGGGCCAACAUCAUGGACUCUCUGACUGCGGUGCUGGCAAGAACUGUGUAUGGAGUUGAGAUGACAAACCUACCUCUGGACAAGCUGAGUGAGCAGACAGAGAAGAAGCAGCGGGGCAAAGGCUGUGUUCUGGAUUCACAGAAAGGGACCACUGUAGGAAGAUCCUUUUCUCUCAGCUGGCGGAGCCACCCAGACGUGACUGAACCCAUGCGGUUCAGGAGUGCCACCACAUCUGGGGCACCAGGAGUAGAAAAGGCAAGAAACAAUGUCCGCCAAAAGGCAACUGAAGUGGAGGAGAAUCCGCAGUCAGAGAGCGCCCCUGCAGCAGACCCGGGCCAACUCUCGGUGGGACAGCAGCCAGUCCUCCGGAGUAGCAGCACCUCCGACAUCCCUGAGCCACGGGCCCCGGAUGCAUCUCAGGGUCAAAAGGUAGAAAUACCACAGAAUUUGACUUCUUCAGAACCCAAGCCUACUCAAGAGAAUAAAGGCCAGGUGAAGAGAGAACAUGAAGGAAUAACAAUUUUAGUUCGAAGAAGCAGCAGCCCUGCUGAAUUGGAUCUGCAGGAUGAUUUGCAGCAGGCACAAGGAAAGUGUAGGGAAAGACAGAAAAGUGAAAGUGCCAGCGGUGACACAGCUCUGAGCUACGGCAGUGAGGCUGAGCUGCUGGUGACCCCAUGGCAGGCAUGUGAGGAGGACCCUGACCUGAGCACACCCAUGGACACCGGGGUGGCUGACUCUGAUGCCCGACAGUGGUUACAGCUGAGUUCCACUGAUGUCUCAAACCUAACAGACAACAGUGAGUGCCUGGCGGAUGACUGUAGUAUCAUUGCCGGGGGGAACCUCACUGGCUGGCACCCAGAUUCUGCUGCUGUAUUAUGGAGAAGAAUCUUGGGGAUCCUCGGAGAUGUGAAUAACAUCCAGUCACCCAAGAUCCAUGCCAAAGUGUUUGGUUACCUCUAUGAGCUCUGGUACAAACUAGCCAAGAUCCGGGAUAAUCUGGCCGUGAGCCUGGAUAACCAGUCCUCUCCGUCUCCUCCGGUCUUGAUCCCACCCCUCAGAAUGUUUGCAUCAUGGUUAUUUAAGGCGACGACACUGCCAAAUGAGUACAAGGAAGGCAAGCUGCAGGCCUACAGGCUGAUCUGCGCCAUGAUGACCAGACGCCAGGAUGUCCUGCCAAACUCCGACUUCCUGGUGCACUUCUACCUCACAAUGCACCUGGGAUUAACCAGUGAGGACCAGGAUAUCUUGAAUAUAAUUAUAAGACACUGCCCGCCCCGCUUCUUCUCCCUGGGUCUGCCUGGUUUCUCCAUGCUGGUGGGGGACUUCAUCACAGCCGCGGCCAGGGUCCUUAGCACGGACAUGUUGGCGGCACCUCGUUCUGAAGCUCUCACCAUCCUUGGAUCCCUCGUCUGCUUCCCAAACAUCUACCGGGAGAUCCCAUUACUGCAAUCAGUGCCGGAAGUAACUGAGGUUGUCACCGGAACUGAAGAUGUCAAGCAUUACCUCAUAAAUAUUUUACUGAAGAAUGCCACAGAGGAACCAAAUGAAUGUGCAAGGUGCAUUGCCAUUUGCUCCCUGGGAGUGUGGAUUUGCGAGGAGCUUGCGCAGUGUACCUGCCACCCCCAGGUGAAGGAGGCCAUCAACGUGGUCGGUGUGACGCUGAAGUUUCCUAACAAAAUUGUGGCUCAGGUAGCAUGUGAUAUUCUUCAGUUGCUGGUCUCCUACUGGGAAAAACUUCAGAUGUUUGAAAGUGCCCUGCCUCGGAAAAUGGCAGAAAUCCUUGUGGCCACAAUUGCUUUUCUCUUACCGAGUGCAGAGUACUCCUCAGUAGAAGCAGACAAGAAGUUCAUCGUGUCCUUGCUCCUCUGUCUGCUGGACUGGUGCAUGGCGCUGCCAGUGAAUACCCUUCUGCACCCCGUGUCCACAGCAGUCCUGGAUGAUCAGCACCUGUCUCGGGCACCCUUGCUGGAUUAUAUUUACAGGGUACUGCACUGCUGUGUCUGUGGCUCGAGCACGUACACCCAGCAGAGUCACUACACGCUGACUCUGGCUGACUUGUCCUCUGUGGAUUACGACCCCUUCCUGCCCCUGGCCAGUGUGAGGAGCUCUGAGCCAGUCCAGUGCCAUUCCUCAGCAGACCUGGACAACCUGCUGACUGUGGAAGAGGAAAGGAAAAGGCGGAGCCUGGAGCUGAUCCCACUCACUGCCCGCAUGGUAAUGGCCCACCUGGUCAACCACCUGGGCCACUACCCAUUAGCUGGUGGCCCGGCCGUGCUGCACAGUCUGGUCAGUGAGAACCACGACAAUGCCCAUGCUGAGGGCACUGAGCUGUCCCCUGAUGUGUUCCGAAGCCCAAACCUGCAGCUGUUCGUGUUUAAUGACAGCACCCUCAUCUCCUAUCUACAGAUGCCUGCAGAGGGGACCAGUGGCAGGUCUUCAGGGGGUGCUGUCUCGGAUGUGCGAGUCAUUGUGCGAGAUGUCUCAGGGAAGUACUCCUGGGAUGGGAAGGUGCUCUAUGGACCCCAGGAGGGCUGCACAGCACCCAGUGGGCACAGCCCCAACUUUUGCAUUCCCAGCUGCCCUAUUCAGAAUGUUGGGCCUCAGAAGAAAGAUCUUCCUCAGACCGAGGAGGGAGAUGAUGCACUGGACAAGUUGCUUGAGAAUGUUGGCCACACGAGCCCCGAGUGCCUCUUACCAUCCCAGCUAAAGCUCAAUGAGCCAUCCCCACCCCCAUGGGGAAUGAACAGUGAGCAGGAGAAGGAAAUCAUCAAUGCUAUCCUGCGCCAGAGUGCACAAGAGGACGAGCAUGUCCAGCAGUGUAUCUUGGCCUCCACUCUGAAGGUCACUAGCCAAGGGCAGCCCUGCCCGGUGGAGCCCCGAGGACCCUUCUAUUUCUGCAGGCUGCUUCUUGAUGACUUGGGAAUGAACUCUUGGGACAGAAGGAAGAAUUUCCAUCUUUUGAAGAAAAACUCAAAAUUAUUGAGAGAGCUAAAAAAUCUGGACUCCCGUCAGUGUCGUGAGACACACAAAAUUGCAGUGUUUUACAUUGCUGAAGGCCAGGAAGAUAAGUGUUCAAUCCUCUCCAACGAAAGAGGAAGCCAAGCUUAUGAAGACUUUGUUGCUGGUCUUGGAUGGGAGGUGGAUCUCUCCACCCACUGUGGCUUCAUGGGCGGCCUGCAGCGCAACGGCAGCACUGGACAGACUGCCCCUUACUAUGCUACCUCUACUGUGGAAGUAAUUUUCCACGUUUCCACUCGGAUGCCAUCAGAUUCAGAUGAUUCUCUCACCAAAAAGCUCCGUCACUUGGGGAAUGAUGAGGUCCACAUCGUCUGGUCUGAACACUCCAGGGACUACCGCAGGGGCAUCAUCCCGACUGCCUUUGGCGACGUUUCUAUCAUCAUUUACCCAAUGAAGAACCACAUGUUCUUUAUCACGAUAACAAAGAAACCUGAGGUCCCAUUUUUUGGACCUCUAUUUGAUGGAGCCAUCGUGAGUGGGAAGCUGCUGCCGAGCCUUAUCUGUGCCACAUGCAUCAACGCCAGCCGGGCCGUGAAGUGCCUCAUCCCGCUCUACCAGAGCUUCUAUGAAGAACGAGCGCUGUAUCUCGAAGCAAUAAUUCAGAACCAUCGCGAAGUGAUGACGUUCGAGGAUUUUGCAGCCCAAGUCUUCUCGCCCUCGCCCAGCUACUCCCUCAGCGGAACUGAUUAAAAUGCACAGAGGUCUUGUUAUGGUACCUGAGCAAGUCCUUUGCAGGUGCUGUGGCCCCCAGCCUGAGUGCCACCCCACAAGAGCCUUGGCGUGGACAAGACAGGUGGAUUCCCUGACCUCCUCAGCCCCCAGACCUGGAGCCCUUGGGGAGACAUGGCUGGCUGUGCAGACCCUUGGAGGGUCACAUGGAACUUCCAGACAGGGCUGUGAAAUUGUAUCCUGAAACCUCACAAAUGCACAGCCUUGAAAGAAGAAAAAAGGCAACAACCAGAGACAAGUGGCUGCUGCAGGCACAGGCACUGCCCUUGGGGAGGGAGCAGAGGGCAGUUGGCUCCCCCAUUCAUAAAUGCAACCACUCAUGAGAGGACAACAGAAUUUGGCCACUGUGGGAGGAAUUUCCUGUGUAAGGAUUUCACCUGUCCUUCCUCUGUUAGGAUCAUGAUUUGCUCAGAAAUUUCAUCAUAAUGACAAUGGCUCUCCCCAGGGUCCUGCCCAGGGAGAUUACCACUUCCACCUGGCACCUGCAGCCCUAGCACAGCAGGAUUGUGCGAAAGGUAUCCUCCUGUCCCAGAGUACCCAGAGCUUUGGCAAUCUGGGUCCCAACUUCUGCAGGGCAAGGAUGGCUGCUGGCCACAGCUCAGCUCAGCUCCUCCAACACCAAGGCGAGCAUCCCCAGGACACAGGCCCUGUGCCUGUGCCCAUGCUGCGCUACACACACCUGCAUGUCACCUCAGCCCAGCUGAUGGCCGACAGACUGUGCAGCCAUGCCCCUGCUGGGCCGGGUCCCCAGUGGCUGUGGUGUAUCUUUGGCUGAUGACGACUGAUGCUGCACUAGGGCAACCUGGGAGCCAGGCAUGACCUGGGACAUGAGAAGGGACGAGUGGCAUCCCUGUGAGGAAUGUGGAGCUUGCCGGCAGGGUUGUCCCAAGCCUGAGGAUGGAGGUGUCCCACUCAAGACAGGGUAUCCUGGGUGACAAUCGGCCAUGGUCACUGAGGGCUAUGUUCUGAGGGUGUGGGCAGGUGACCAGGUUUGCUGCCCUUUCCCACCAUGUCCCCAUCCUUGCUCUCACAGGUCCCUUUUCACUGAUUUGAGUUUUCAGGCCACCAGUUUAACUGCUGUCACUCAGACCUGUGACUGUCACUGCUCUACUUGGUUUCAUGUUUACACACUGCCCAGAUCUCGCUCCUCUGCAGAGCUUGUCACCUGUCCCUGGGCCCAUAGGCAGGAAGUGGCUCCCAGAGAAUGUGGAUCUGCACAGUGGCU